AUGAGUACAACAGAAGUUUGCUUAACCUGCGCGGCCGCGGAGCCGCCGCUGCGCUGGGAGCCGCGGUGCCGGCAGCAGCUCCGCCACCUGCAGGACGGCGCCAGGAUCGCGGCGCGGCUGCCGCCCCGCCUGGAGGGGCGCUGGGUCUCCACCGGGUGCGAGGUGCGGCCGGGACCCGAGUUCCUCACCCGAUCCUACCUCUUCUACGCCAACCGCCUCUUCAAGGCUUACCAGUUCUACUACUGGGACCCCUCCUGCCGCGACCCCUCCUACUCGCUGGUCAUCAAGGGCAAGCUCCGGCUGCGCCAGGCCUCCUGGAUCACCCGUGGGGCCACCGAGGCCGACUACCACCUCCACAAAGUCGGCAUCGUUUUCCACAGCCAGAAGGCCAUGCGGGAGGUGGCCUCCUGGAUCAACCAGACCUCCGGCGAGGGCUGCAGCGGGUUCCUGCCCCCGGGGCGCACCUGGGCUCCUGGAGCCCUCUACGAACUGCUGAGCGCCAAGACCGAGCGCGACUGCACCGCCGCCUUGGGCUUCGCCAUGCACGAGCUCAGCCUCGUGCGGGUGGAGAAGCAUUACCAGCCCUUGCUGCAGCCGCAGCAGAGCGGGAGCCGGCUGGUGGAGGAGCUGUACCUGGGGGACAUUCACACGGAGUGGGUGGAGCGGCUCCACUACCGACCGACCGGUUAUCAGCGACCCAUGCAGAGCGCCGUGCACCAUGUGCAUCCUUGCGCAGCCUGUGGGAUUAUAUACAGAGCUGAUGAACACCACCCACCCAUACUACCCGUCAGAGCUCAGCUGCCGAUGCAGCUCAGCGGCAGCUGGGUGAGCACCCACUGCGAGGUCCGACCUGCGGUGCUUUUCCUUACCAGGUACUUCAUAUUCCACGGUAACAACCACACCUGGGAAGGUUAUUACUAUCACUACUCCGACCCACUCUGCAAACAGCCGACUUUCACCAUCUACGCAUCUGGGCAUUACACCCAAGGCAUCCCCUCCUCCAAAGUGAGAGGUGGCACAGAGCUGGCUUUUAAAGUCACCCAGGCUCGGGUGACGCCAAUGGACCAGGUGACGGUGAUGAUGCUGAACUCCUCAGAACCUGGAAGCUGUGGGCUGACAAGCUCCUGGAGUGCUGGGGUGGAGCAGGAUAUAACACCCACAAAUGGAUGUUUGGCUUUGGGCAUCAAGCUGCCCCACACGGAGUACGAACUUUUCAAAACGGAGCAAGACACGAAAGACCGCAGCCUGCUGUACGUUGGCGAAAGGCCCACGGACGGAUCCAGUCCCGACAGUCCAGACAAGCGACCCACGUCGUAUCAGGCACCUCUGAUUCAGUGUGCUGGAGCGUCAGAGGAAUUCUCUAACUACGUUAGUCUAAAAUACUUGGGAAAAAAGGAUGGUAAUGGGAAUGACGCACUAAAACCUUUGCCUGUGGCCUUUUUAUUGUUUAUAGCACUUCUGGUUUUAAGAUGGGACUAGUUAUCUAUUCAGGUACAGCACAGAAUUCAGAUAGUCUUGGUGCUAGCAUGAUUUUUAUAUCCUUCAAAUGAGCACAUCUGGAAUCAGUUUUACUCAGAUUUGGAAACACUUUCUAAAAACACCCAACAACAGUGAAUGAAGCCAAGAAGAUAUGCCUGACUACAUACUAUUUGUCCUGUGGCUUUAUUGCCUAAUCUCCCCUCUUUGCCUACAAAUUUAAUGUAGUGACAUGGAUGUGCUGCACAUUGCAAUAGAUAAUUUAGCAAUAUGAGGGGGGGAAAAAGCAACAUCAAUUACAAUUGCUGCUUUGAGCUUUUGACAUUGCUAAGAUUUAAUCAAGAGCUUGAUUCAGAUGUAAUUCAAACAUCCGAAGUGUCGGCUGCUGAGUUUCUUUGAGGUUAAGUUCCCUCCCAUCAUACUCCUUAUUGCUGUUCUUGCAAAUUUAAUCUGCAGUCAGUCAGCAAUAGAUAAACAGUCAGCAAGUGUUCUUGCUAAGGGCACAGUUAGUCAUGCCUUUCUCAGUUUACAGACGUUUUCUGCAGUUUCUGUGUGUAUGUACGCACACAAAGAUGCAACAUACAAUCUUCCACUUACGUAAGUACAAAAAGCAGCCCUGACAGAGCAUUACCUCGACAGACUGUUAUGCCUGACCCUGGUCAUAAAAGAAGAUACACUAAACGGAAAAAGCUUCUGUGCACAGCCGCUCCAACCUUCGGCAUUACCUAGCUGCAGACACUGCAUCCUUGCUGCGUUAUUCUGGCUUUUCCAGUGCAGUACUGGCCUGCGCUUCGGUACGUCAGCAAUGGCCCCGUGUCGCUGCCCUCCUUGUCCCGCAGACAGAGGCGCUGCCAGGCAAUCGUGACUCCCACUCACCAUGCACCGAGCGAAGCAAAAGAUCGCUUACAAGUCUUCUCAGGCCAUAUAUUUUCACUGUCUCCUUUUUAGUAAGUGUACUGGCGUACCAGUUGUUAACCCAGCUCUCCUUUCAAUCAAAAUGUCACUUCCGCCUCAUUCCUGAAAGAUGUUUUAUAAAUCUGUCUCUGGUGAACAAUGGGCUGAGGAGAUACUCGAAUCAGACAGCACAGUCAGGUCAAACUGAUUUCUACGGGCAAGAAGGACAAACUAAGAAAUUAUAUUCCCUGUCUGCUGCAGCUAAGAAGCAUAUAACUUACUUGGAGAAGCCCUCCUCCCAGUAGCUAAAUCCUCUCCAAAUAAGCCUAUGUAUCUUACUCACAAAGGAUAUUUUGUUACACCAGCUAUGCAAUAGCUACCUUCUUAAUGCUGUAUUUACGAACUUGCAGCUUGUACUUAGAUAAAUUAUGGGUUUUAUAGCAUAAAAAUACUUUGGGGGGAUCUGUACAUUAGCUAAUAAUUCAAAUGAGAUGCUUAUUAAAUGCAUACAAUUGUGACACAGAAGUUGUCAGCAUGUUCACAUGUUCCAGGCAUGAUCAAAUAUUAAUCAGGCACAUAAACAGUUACACUUUUAAGAUGAUACACAGAAAGGCCAAGCUUGGCUACCUCGCCUUCAGUUCCCCCUACAAUCAAUGGAGAAGGAGACUUCUCCAGGGUUAGU